AUGCCUAGGACACAGAGUGGAGCUUCACAAGCCUCUAAUUUCCGUCUCUCAUCACAGCGUAGUUAUGUUGAUGAUGAAGAGGGAGGAAUUAAACCUGUUGAAGAAGGAUCAAGUGGUGUUAAUGAGCAAGAUGUUGAUGAAAAGGAUGUUCUCAGAGUUUUAAUAACAACGGAUAAUCAUGUUGGAUACUUGGAACGUGAUACAGUUAGAAAGGAUGACUCUUUUAUCAUCUUUGAGGAGAUUAUUCAAUAUGGUCACAAAUAUAAUGUAGAUUUUGUGUUACAGGGAGGUGAUCUUUUCCAUGAUAACAAGCCUUCUCGUGAUACUCUUCACAAGACAAUAUCAAUUCUGAGAAAAUAUGUUUUUGGUGACAAGCCUGUUCCUUUGCAAAUUUUAAGUGAUCAAUCUGUAAAUUUCAAAUCAAAUCCUGAAGGAACUGUAAAUUAUGAAGAUCCUAAUGUUAAUAUUUCUCUUCCAAUUUUUGCAAUCAGUGGUAAUCAUGAUGCUUGGUCUGGAGAGAAUAGUCUCAGUGUUUUGGAUGUUCUUGCACAAUGUAAUUUGAUAAAUUAUUUCGGAAAGUGUGAAACUGUGGAUAAUAUUCAAGUUAAACCUAUUUUAGUACAAAAAGGAGAAACUAAACUUGCACUUUAUGGACUUGGUUAUAUAAGAGACGAACGUUUAUAUCAAACAUUUAAAAAUCAGAAAGUGACAUUCUUUAGACCAAGUGGUGAAGAUAGUCAAGGUUCAAAUGAAUGGUUUAAUUUGAUGACCAUUCACCAAAAUAGAAAUCAACAUCACACAAAGAAAGGAAAUAUUAGUGAAAGUAUGCUGAAAGGAUUUUUUGAUCUAGUAGUGUGGGGUCAUGAACAUGAACAACAAAUCACUCCAACAAAAAGUGCUACUGGUGGAUUUGAAGUAAUGCAACCAGGUAGUUCUAUUUCUACUACAUACACACACCAAGAAGCUAAGCCAAAAAAGGUUGCCAUCUUGGAAAUUUACAAAGAUUCAUUCAGAGUUAUUCCAAUUACAUUGAAAACUGUAAGACCUUACGUAUUUGAUUCAAUUUCUCUCUCUGAUUUUGAACAAGAUUUGAAACAUAUUAAGAACAAUCCAGACGAAAUUGCUGAUUUCCUUAAAGAACACGUAAAUCAAUUAAUUAAACAAGCUAAGGAAGACAAACUAAGUAAUUUUGAAGGGGAUGAAGAAGCAAUUAAAGAACUCAAAGCCUACUAUAAGAAAUAUCCUGGAUUAGAUCUACCAAUUAUCAGACUCAGAGUAGAUUACAGUGGUGGUUAUGCCACUGUCAAUCCUCAAAGAUUUGGUCAAAACUUUGUUGGAAAGAUUGCCAACCCAUCAGAUUUGCUUUUAUUAUCAAGGAAAAAGGCAUCAAAGGAAGAGGACAACAUGGAAGAGGAUGAAGAAGUUGAAGAGGAAAAGGGAAAAAAGAAGAGUAAGAAAAAGAAAUCCAAAGAACAAUUACUUAAUGCAAUUUUGAAUAAUGAUAAUAAUAGUGAGCUAUUUGCAGAUGCUGCAAGUGAUGCUCUUACUGAUGGUAUCAAGAUUGAAGAUUUAGUUUCACAUUUCCUGAAAGAGACAUCCACCAAAAAAACUAAUAUUAAUGGUUUAUUAGUAUUGAAUGAAUUUGAAUUCCAAAACUCUGUUGUUGACUUUGUAGAUAAGGAAGAAGCUCAUGCCAUUGAUGACUUUGUUGCUAGUGAUAUCAAGUCAAAACAAAAGAAAUUGUGGUCUGAUCUCAAACAAUUUGCCAAUCAAGACAUUUCUGAAUCUGAUUUGGAGAAAUAUUUACAAAAGUAUAGAGAAGAAAGCAAAGAGAACUUGGAUAAGGAUAAAAUAAUGUCUGACAGGCUCUCUAAGGCUUCAAAAUCUGAGGACAAAUCUGAUGAAGAGGAUAUUCUUGAGGAAGAGGAAAUUGUCGAAAAGAAGAAACCUACAAGCAGAAAGAAGAAAAAUGAAAGUGAAGAAGAGGAAGAAGAGAUACCAAAGAAAACAACCAGAGGAAGAAAAAAGAAGGUUGUAAGCGACGAAGAAGCUGCGGAAGAGAAACCAAAAAAGACGACAAGAGGAAGAAAAAAGAAGGUUGCCAGUGAUGAAGAGGAAGAAAAACCAAAAAAGAGAGGAGCUAAAAGAAAGAAGAACGAAAGUGAUGAAGAGGAAGAAAAGCCAAAGAAAACAAGAGGAAAGGCAGCAGCUUCAAAGAAAGCCAAGUUCAAAGCAUUAGAUGUAGAUGAAGACGAAGAGGAAGAAGAACAACCAAAGAGAAGAGGAAGACCAAAGAAAACUGAAGAAAAACCAAAGAAAGCAAGCUCAUCAAGAUCAAAGAAAAAAGUAGAGGAAGAGGAUGAAGAUGCUAUUGUUAUCGAUGACGAAGAAUAAAUUAUUUAUUAAAUGUACAACUU